UUAGAUGCAAUCAUGUGGACAGCCCCAUGCGCCGAUAUUUACGUACGUUUGCCAAAUAGCAAGUAUCAAACGCACCGGCACAUUUUCAACGAAAAAAGGUGCAAAGCAAAUCGCUACUCGCGCAGUGAUCGACGUCGUACAGAAUUUUGGACUAAAUGAGGAACAAAUGCAAGUUGCGACUGUUGUUGAUGCUGAACAAAAGGAAAGGGGCGCCGUUGAUGCUGAACCAUUGCCCACAUACAAUGAACUCAAAGAAUCACAGGCAAAACUGUGGACGCCACGAAUACGCGAUCGACACAACUAUUUUCUUCAGCUACCCAAAGACGACCGAAAUGAAGCCGAAAAGAUUUUGAUGGAUGAUUCAUCUACCAUCUAUGGCACCAGCAAAAACAAGGUUGAUCUGAUAUGCGCUGCUCUCAAACUCAAAUACAACGUCAUCGAUAUUCCGAACCAUCAACAAGAGUUCAAGGUUUUCUACUUGCAUGGCAAUCAUGACUGUGUUAUUGCGGCCAAAGAAACAGACGUGUACGACCGCGUCAUUGAUCAUUUCAAAACAAUGCUGAACCUUCAGAAAUUUUGAACAAUCAUCUUUCAAAGGGAGUCUAUUUAUACGUCUAUCUAUUUUGGUUGAGCAAAAAAUGUUGCUUUUUAUGAAUAUGACUGAAAUCUACAGUUUUAGAUGUUAAUAUCGAAAUACAUUUAGAUUAAGUCAUUUCAGUAAUGAUAUCCGAAAGUCGGAACUAAAUUCUCGGGACUUUCACUAAAUUCAUUCAUUUAUGCAACUUUGGAGCAAUAAAUUACUUUCAAUGUAAA